AGACUGAGCACUUCUGCCUCAAACUACCACAGCAAUCAAUUUCCCAACAACAGGAGCCGCUUCACACCGCUGACAAGAGCACACUGGUCCACAAUUCAGGAUUAAACCCUGGAGCAAAAGUGGAAUAUUGAAACCUAAAAUCAAGGCAUCAUCUGAGUAACUUUCUAAAGUCAUAAGAGAGCGAAGGAGGAGGAGGAGGAGAGAGGGGCUUUCAAACUUCAGGAUCAUCAGGUUACGGUUGCGUUUGGGGCCGUAGCAGUUCUUUCAGCUGCGGCACACAUGCACACAUGACUCAUAUUACCUCCAGUCAUACGCUGGUCGGGACGGAGCAUCAGGUCAGACAUGCCUUCCAUAUUUUUCAUAUCGUGAAGAUCUGAACAAACUGUCUGUGCUCGUUUUUUUCUGCUUCUUCAUGUUUUUUCUGUGUGUUAUAAGGCAGACGUGACCGAAGCAGAUCAGUUUCCUACAUCACUCAUUACUGAUUCAUGAGUACCAGUCAUUACAAGGCAUUAUAUGUUUGGGACAGACUGGUGUACUGUACACAGAGACGGGUUUGCGCAUUCUUGGAAGGCCUGCUUUGACUUUUUGUAAGGA